CUUAAAUACGUGUAACUUUUAAAGAGUUAUUCUUUAUACAAGAGGGAAUGGAUGCCCCUUCACAGCCAGAGUGCUUCGGUCCAGCUCGGGUGACGUCACAUUUCAGCUGUUGUGGGAAGAGCAGGCGAGGUGUUGGUGAGUUUGAAUCGGAUGCCAAGUAGUGGAGAAGUUGGAUGCGCGGCUGCUGCUUGUGGCUGGGAUACGUGGGCUGCUGCUGCUGCUGGAAUGGGUUGGAGGAUUAGUGAUGUGCCCACACAGACGCCCCCUGGCAUUGCACUGAUUUGUACGUUGGACUGCAACUCCCCACAGCUUCCCAGGAAAAGUCUGCUGCACUGAAAACUUUCCCCGACCGCCGCUGGCCGAUCCCCACCCCCUCUGCCCUCUCCUGGUUCCCUGGCUGCUGGAGGAAGUGACAGUUUACUGCUAGGAGACCUUCCAUCCUGAUCCUGCUGUGACCUGGUAAAGGAACUUAAAGGGGACCAAUUUGUAGGAAUAGUUCGUUGCAGACAUUAUCUUUCCUGGACAUGCUCACUUAAUGCCAGAUUCAAAUAUGGCACUUGAUUUAUCAUCUGUUGUCCCGCCCGACAUGCUGCAGCACAUCGAUAAUCGGACUGUGGACACUGGUCAAGAUGACCCAUUCGAGGGCCUCUGUAGCUUGGAAAGCGAACGUCAUUAUGACGUGGUUCCCACUGUUGUCUGCUCUCUAUGCUGCCUCUUUGGGCUGGUAUACACUUUUUUUGGCUACCGAUGUUUCAAAGCCAUUAUGUUUCUAUCUGGUCUGCUGGCUGGUUCGGCGGUCAUAUUUGUACUUUGCUAUAAAGAGCGGAUCAUGGACACACAGCUGAGCAUAGAGCUCAGUGCGGGCAUAGCCUUGGGCAUUGGCCUCCUCUGCGGACUGGUGACUAUGCUUGUGCACAGUGUGGGUCUCUUCAUGACAGGACUUUUGCUGGGACUUCUGCUUGCCAUUGCCUCCUUGGUAGGCCUUGAACAGUUUUAUCACCCUCCCACUGCAUGGAUUCCGGUGGGCCUCAUGAUGGGGUUUGCUAUGCUUUUUGCUGUACUGACUCUCCAGUGGCAAAAGCUUUUUACAGUGGUUUCUACUGCAACCUUUGGGGCAGCAAUCUUGACUGUGUGCACAGAUUAUUUCAUAGAGCUGAUGCUGCUGGUACAGUAUGUCUACGACCGGCUUCGCUUAGAGACCUCUCACCCCCUCUGCUGGUAUAGCUGGGUUGUCCUGGGCAUGUGGCCGGUUCUGAGCAUUUUGGGAAUUGUAGUUCAGUGGAAGCUGACAGCUGAGGGCUUCUCUCAUACUGAUGGGCAGGGCUGUGCAUCUGGAGAGUUGAGGGCCAGAUACAGUUUUAUGGCCCCCAGCUCAGGAACACAAAAUGAAUCUGGCAGCUGGCCCACUAAAUUGGACAACAUGGCCGCAGUGAUAAUAAGUCGACGUCAGAAACGCCUCCAGCUCUUGCGAAUUCGGCAGAAGGAUGCCAAAAAACGGCAAAAUGUUGCUUCUCAAGAAGGCACUUACCGUCGAAAAGCCAACCCUAUGAAAAGAUAUACUGGAGAUAUCCUGGCACCGUACAUUUCUUCUUUUCUUUCUUUAGAGUUACUUGCAGAGCCUGAGAGAGCGUCAGACGGGCACGGGCACAUCAAUGAGCAGCUUGAGCACAAAUAUGCAGACAAUUGUAGAUAUGGACUACGAGUGUGGUUCCACUGUGCCACUCACUGCCACUACUCCUGUUAUCCAUGUUUAAGCUGGAGCCUUUACCCAGGAUCCUUUGCAACUAGGAACCACUUCAUUGCCUUUUUACAGGACUGCACUGUUUUUCUGUGCCUUAAAUAAUUCUACUUAUUUUUGUGUGUCACUUUUGACAUUGCUGGUAAAUCAAAGGUCAGCAGCUGGGGACUGACUACAUUGUGUUGUUUUCUGAUCUGGAUACUUAUUCUGUAUAUGGUAGGUAUUCCGAAAAGUAGCCUGGAGGCCAUAGGUGGUGUUUUUCACGGUGCUAAAUCAGAAGAGUUUUUCUUGAAAUGACAGAUUGCCCUUUAGUAUAGUACAUAUCUUUGUAAUGCUCUGCAUCUUUAAUGAAACAGUAAAUAUAACAAAUGGUAGUGUGUGUGCACCUGUGCUCAUCUGUACAUGAUAUAGCAUACACAGAACAAUGUUCAUGGAACAAAAUGUAUAUGGUAUUGGCUGUGCAGCUUAACACUUUGUGUGCCAAAUCUAAGGCCCUGCCACUCAAGGUUGCCAGUUAAUCAGUGCAGGCAACUCGCAUUCUGGCUUAAAAAGCAGAACACAAGGGGGUUAAGCCUAAAGUUUUUUUCUUUGUGAGGAUGAAGACAACAUAAUGAUGUGCAGAGAAAUAACAAUUCCAAAAUUCACAUUUAAAGCUGAUCAUACAACCAACCUCGCGAAACUAGUGGAUAUUUGCCUGAUGUAGCUGCUGAUGCGCUAGGCUGAUCCGGUUGUUUGGCCUCCCAGUCAACAAUUGGAUCUUAAAACUGACCUAUGUAAUCAUGUCUGGUAAGGGCAUCAAUUCUCCACUGUAGUCCUCACCCAACCAGAUUUUCUGUCCUUCCUUAGAUUUCUGGCCAGCUGGGCGACCCCAAUUCACAGGCCACUUCACUACUGGCUCGGUCAUCAACUUUUAUCAGCCUGUGUAUGGCCACCUUUACAGCAGUAGUCACAAAAGCUAUAUAAAUACUUUAGUUUUCUCCAGUAUACUAUACACAUACGCUGUAUACAUCCUAGUGCACACACAUGGAGAUAUUUCCCCCCUGGAAUUCCCAGAAUUGUGGCAUGCUGUAUAUUUGCAUCUUAGAAGUGCAUUAAAACAAAUAUCUUUGGGCACGACUGGGUUAUAGAGUGUAUUUUAUUAUAUGUUUUACAGCUUUAUAGUCACCCCUGUGUUCCCAUCACCCACUCCUGGCUCGACGGUUGUAUUUAUUUUGACUCACUGUUUCUCUCCCUGCUGGUUUCAGUUGACCACACACGGGCUAACUUUCGGGAUAUCUGAUAACCCCAUGGGCUUAUUGGCCUGAUAUUGUACAGUUUAGCAACACGUAUGGAUGUCCACAUACUGAUGACAGUCAAGAUCUCACCUGCUUUUCUUAGCUGUGGAUAAUGAUAAUGAUUGUACAGUUUGCAAUGGCUAUAUUGUAUGAAGUGUAGGAUGCAAUGCUCAUACAAUACUCUAUUGUAUGAAGUGAAGGAUACGAUGCUCAUACAUAACUCUACAAUGACAUAGUCAUUACUCUGUUAUCCAUCAGAGAUUUUAAAUAAAACAUUUUGAUUUGGUUUUAA